GCAUCUUUAGUGUAGGCACCCGGCUGUGACAGCUUGCGGCUUCACAGCCGGGUGCCCAAUGUGCAUGUGCGAGAAGCGCUGCGCACUUUGUGAAUGGCCCCGUAGUCUUCUGGGACCUGUCACGUGUCCCAGAGGACUACAAGGAGGGAGGGGAUGAGGGCAACUUCCGCUUCCGAUUGCCUAGGUGAUUGCAACGGAAGUGGGAGCGGGUACCUGUCAAAUUUGGGUACCCGUUCCCCCAAGGUGCCAAUCCUUAAUGGGGAGCGGGGGACAAAGCAUUAAAGCGGAACUUCCCCUUUUGGGUGGAACUCUGC